GUAGUAGGAACUGUGCUCCUGGGUCACGCGCAGCGGCGGAAGAAAGAGGGCGCGGACUCUAUCUUGGAGACGGCGCGGUUGCUAUGAUGGAGGCGGCUCAGGCCCAGCUGAGGGUGUUGGAGCUGUACAGCGGUAUCGGGGGUAUGCACUAUGCGUUGAAAGAAAGUUACACAACUGCAAAAGUUGUUGCUGCGGUUGACAUCAAUACUAUUGCCAAUGAAGUUUACAAGCACAACUUUCCUAACACCUAUCUCUGUCCCAAGACAAUUGAAGGUAUGACAUUGGACGAAUUCAAUAAACUGGACUUUGACAUGAUCCUAAUGAGUCCUCCUUGCCAGCCAUUCACAAGAAUAGGUUCACAGAAAGAUGUAUUGGAUCCCAGGACCAAGAGCCUUUUGCACAUCCUUGACAUUCUUCCAAGGCUUUCCAAAGCCCCUAAAUAUAUUCUUCUAGAAAACGUCAAAGGAUUUGAAUCAUCUGUUGCUAGAGAUAAAUUAAUACAAGCACUGGAGAGCUGCAGAUAUAUUUACCAGGAAUUCCUUCUAUCACCAAUCUUGUUGGGCAUCCCAAACUCGAGACUGCGAUAUUUUCUUCUUGCAAAGCUCCAACCUGACGCUUUCUGCUUCCAAACUUCUUAUCAGAUAAUAGAAUGUUUCCCAGAUCAUGAAGUUGCAGAUUCAAGAUUCACAGAUGGUCAUUCUAGAUUUGAUCAGAUAGUAUCCACAGGUGAUAACAAAAAGGAACACAACAACUCGGGAUAUUGUGCCGAGAAUGACAAAAGUGAAACAACUAUGACUCGACUUUACAAAUUAGAGACGCCAGAACACCUGAAAAAGAAGCAAAUCCAGAACAAUAAUUUGUCAAUCCAAAUGAUCCAAGAAUUCUUGGAGGAGGAAUUGAAGGAUCCAAGGCCAUACUUCAUACCCCCAAAGACCUUACUGCGUUAUGCUUUGAUACUAGACAUAGUUGGACAGUCUUGUAGAAGAUCAGUGUGUUUCACUAAAGGAUAUGGCCAUUAUGCUGAAGGUACUGGUUCAGUGUUGAAGACUGCACCAGAUGUUCAGCUUUCUGAAGUCUUCCAGUCAUUUCAGACACUGUCAGAGGAUGAAAAGUUGUCUCGGCUAUCAAAACUAAAACUGCGAUAUUUCACUCCGAGGGAAAUAGCAAAUCUUCAUGGAUUUCCUCCAGAAUUCAGUUUUCCUGAGACUAUUUCGCUGAGACAAAGUUACCGUCUGCUUGGAAACAGCCUCAAUAUCAAAGUGGUAGCCAAGCUCAUUAGCUUGAUGGUUGAAUGAUGUCGAAAACCCAUAAGAUUUAUGAUUUAUUCUAUGUAAUUAUGUACAUCUGUAAAUGCUUAUUUUACCUAAUAAAUAAAUGACAAACAGAUUGUGUGAAAUGAAAUGUUGAUGAUGUCAUUUCAGAAUGACUAUUUUUAAUAUUAUCAAUGUAUUGAUACCGUUCUUUUGAUACUACUGUAUACAAGUCUGCCCUUCCAUGUAUUACAACAUCAGAACUUAAUCAUUGUUAUUCAUCUUCUUAAUAGCACUGCACCUACACCACCAGAGAGGCAGCAGCGGUUCAAGACAGCGUUUCACCGGCACCUUUUCAAGGACAGUCAAGAAUACACAACAAAUGUUGGCGUAGCCAGCAAUGCUAAUGUUAUAUGCAAGAAUCAAAACAUAGUGUAGUGUGAACAAAUUUAAAAUAAUUUUUGUAUAUUUUAAAUGUUUAAUCUAACAGAUUUUUACAUUGUUUAGUAAAGUCACAGUUUGAUGGCAUUGUUUGUAUUUUGAAAGAAUAAAAUGAAGAGUUUCAUGCA